GGAAAGAGUUUCACCUCUUCAGCAAGACUUAAAACACACCAGAGAAUACACACAGGAGAGAAGCCUUACAGCUGUGAUCAAUGUGGGAAGAGAUUCACUGAGUCAGAAAGCCUGUCAGGAAGCCUGGUUGAACACAAGAGAAUACACACAGGAGAGAAGCCUUUUGGUUGUGAUCAGUGUGGGAAGAGAUUCACUCGGUCAGGAAGCCUGGCUUUACACAAGAGAAUACACACAGGAGAGAAGCCUUUUGGUUGUGAUCAGUGUGGGAAGAGAUUCACUCAGUCAGGAAGCCUGGUUGAACACAAGAGAAUACACACAGGAGAGAAACCUUACAGCUGUGAUCAGUGUGGGAAGAGUUUUCCUAGAUCAGAACAUCUGGUAAUACACCAGAGAACACACACAGGAGAGAAGCCUUACCACUGCUCAGACUGUGGAAUGAGCUUCACCACUUCAAACAGAUUUCUAGUACACAAGAGAAUACACACAGGAGAGAAGCCUUACCACUGCUCAGACUGUGGAAUGAGCUUAACCACUUCAGGUGGACUUCUAGUACACCAGAGAACACACACGGGAGAUAAAUCUUAUAGCUGUAAUCAAUGUGGGAAGAGAUUCACUCGGUCUGGAAGCCUGGUUUUACACAAGAGAAUACACACAGGAGAGAAACCUUACAGCUGUGAUCAAUGUGGGAAGAGUUUUCCUAGAUCACACAAUCUGGUAAUACACCAGAGAACACACACAGGAGAGAAGCCUUACCACUGCUCAGACUGUGGAAUGAGCUUCACCAAUUCAAACGGACUUGUAGUACACCAGAGAACACACACAGGAGAGAAGCCUUACCACUGCUCAGACUGUGGAAUGAGCUUCACCACUUCAAACGGACUUGUAUUACACCAGAGAACACACACAGGAGAGAAGCCUUUUGGUUGUGAUCAGUGUGGUAAGAGAUUCACUCACUCAGGAAACCUGGCUGGACACAAGAGAAUACACACAGGAGAGAAGCCUUACCACUGCUCAGACUGUGGAAUGAGCUUCACCACUUCAAACAGACUUCUAGUACACAAGAGAAUACACACAGGAGAGAAGCCUUACCACUGCUCAGACUGUGGAAUGAGCUUAACCACUUCAGAUUUCUAUUAA